UUGGAAACCCUGAACCAAAGUGAGUUAGCAUCGCGGCUAACGCUUAACUGUCAGAACUCCUACGUGGAGCCGCACAAAAUCAAAGACGUUGCUGUGACUAUUAUAGAUGUGUUUGAUCAGAGCGCUCUGUCGCUGGAGGCGAAGGAGGAGAUGUAUAAACUGUAUCCUAACGCCAGGCGAGCUCAUCUGAAAACAGGAGGAAACUUCCCGUACCUGUGCAGGAGCGCUGAGGUCAACCUCUACAUACAGAUUCACUUGCGUCAGUUCCACGGGACGAGAUACGCCGCCAUCAGUCCUGACAUGGUGAGUGCAGAGGAGCUUGAGGUGCAGGAGAGUCACCUGAGCGGUAACCAGGACUCUGACGAUGACCAGUGAGACAGUGUUUACCUGCCCGUUUUUCCCUCUCAACAUUUCCGACAGUUUCUCUCACUCUUCGUCAUUUCACUGGACAUUCUCCAGAUUUUCUAUGGAACUCUAUCAGCGAGUCAACUGAGAAUAUUUUUAUUUGACAGAUAAGAGCAAUAUUUUGAUAAUGACUUGUACAUAAAAGUUACUCAGCCGCUUUGCUUUAAAAACAUACGACACCUUGCCUUACGUGGAAUGAAUCUGAUAAUUGUUGCACUCAUAAACUGCCUGAACUGUUUGCCUGAAGUGUUCAUUUCCGUGUGUAAUAUACUAUAUGCUGGUAAACAGAGCCAGCGGUGAACUGGUUUCCUGUUAACAAAAAGAUGAACACACUAGUUAUGGAGAGACAUAUCUCUGUUUGUGUAAUUCAAUGAGAAAUUGCUUUUUUUUUCUCAUUUGUUUUGGAAUACAGCUAAUUAUUUUGAAUUUCA